AUGUUUGAGUCCGUUGCUAUUGCCGAAGCCCAGAUUAAUGAAUUCGUUAUUUACGUCGUGGUAGCUAAUUCCAUCUGGAUCUUCAGGAAGCUCAUGUCACCGAGCUUGUCCAGAGCGUUCACCGUCAUCAAACGAGCGCCACGGCUCCUUAAAAAAGGGAAGGAUGUCGGCUCACAGUCAACUCUUCCGACGGAUAUGAAUUUCUGGCCCAAUGUUGUUUAUGCGAGAGUUCUGUAUAAUUUGAUAAUGAGCCACGACUGGCGUUAUUCGGGAUUCUCAUUAGACUUCGGUCGUCAGAGUAUAGGGCAAGCCUUCAUUUUAUGCAAUCCUUUCCUAUCCCGGCUUCUGUAA